UUGGCCGCCGAGUGGAUAUUGGAUAGCCCUUGGUCAGUAGUACCGAGAUAUGGUUACCAAAGAGCGCCGACCGGAGACCAUUACGCUAAAGACAUGAACCAUUGGGUACUUCACGCCAUAUAUUAUCCGCCACUCUUGAGGUCAGCGACUGUCAAGAAGUUUAUGGUUGGAUACGAAAUGUUAGCGCAAUCACAACGAGAUUUGACACCAGAACAAGCGGCUCAACGACUGCGAGAAACGCCAGAAAUUCAUUACAAGAAAAGAGUUUAAAUGAAGACAAUUAUUAAGAAUAUAUUUACAAAUUAUUUAAUUGUUUUUUGAGUAAUUGAUUACAUUAUUAAAAGUAAAUCAGAGUUAAUACAACUAGUUUAGGGGAAAUAUAAUAGAAAUGAAAUAAUAAAUUGUACUCAAAAUAAAAUAAAAUUGUUUUUAAAUUAAAAUUAAAAA